UACACUCAAAGGUCCAGAAAUGACAUCCAGGUAUUCUGAAAAGAUUUAGUCCAUCUCUCAAUAUCUAAUACCCAAGGCAAUUCUGAGAGCCAUUUCUUGAAUUGUAGGAACAUCUUCCGUAUUCCACAACCUUAAGAUCAAUCUCUUAUCAAUUAUUAAUAUGAGUAUAAUUUGAAUCAACAAAGAGACAAUGAUUAUCAAAACCUGGGAUCAGGUUUAAACUCACAGCUGCAAAUAAAGAGACAGUUGAUCGAUUUAUUUUUGCAGAUCAGAACAUUAAUAUCCUGGUCUGUACCAUAGGACCAUAAAAGCAAAAGUUAUCAAAUAAACAAAGUUCCGCACACCUAGAAACAUAUUUAUUUUCAUAUUUAUUUAAACAUUAAUUACUUAAACAUAUAAUUCCAACAAUUAUAUGUUGGAAUUAUAUAAAGAUGACUAUGUUGGACACGUACAAUCUAAUCUAAUCAAUGAACUACCCAAAUGCUUCAUUGAUUGUUUCUGAUGCACUAUGAUGCAACGUUAAUAGUCCUGAUCUAAAAUUACGCUCUUAUUGAUUUAAACCUAUUAUUCUUCCAUGAAAGCGUUUGUGUGAUUAAAGCAGUACUUCCUGUUGUCCAUAAGAUGGCAAUAAACAUUAGCUAAAUGGAUGUACAAAUGAGUGGCUGCUUUCAAGUUGUUGUCCUGAAGUUUUGAGGUGAAAUUUGUAAGAAUUAGUUUCUGCUUUAUAUAGACCCUUAGAUAACCCCACCUAAACUUCUGGAUGUUUGUAGUUAAGCAAGUGGAUGCUCUUUGAAGCAGCAGAAAAUACCAACACUUUUGAUGUAUCACUACAGACCUUUAGUAUGAGAAAUCACAGCACACAGAGCCAUGGUCAUUAGCAUGCCCUUUCAAAGCUUGUUAGUUUCCUUAUGUAUUUGUGUUGUAUUUUUUAUAUUUUUUUGCUUUACUGGACACAAUAGUUUCCAUCUUUGGCCACUCAUAGUAAUGGCAUGUGUUAAUAAACCCUCCCUAUGCAGCAACAAAGGCAUACCUGUGGUUCAUCAAAUCUCUGUGGAGAUGAUCUCUAAUAGGGGUCUAAUUAACAGUUACGAGCAUGACGGCAAACUUUAAAUGAGCAGAAAUAAAUGAUUUGUGGUUUUCUCUGUUUAUGGCUGGCCUGAAUGACGCCCAAAGCACUGACGAUGUGGACAUAGUAGAACAAUAUAAAAGAGACUUCCUCCUGUGGGAAAUAAGAAGAUCAGAUUAUAACCCAUCACACAAGAGUGAAGAUGACAUGGUACACCACCAACUUCCACAACACUGCUGGGAUGGACACACCUAACAGGGUAAGACCUUUCAGGAAGACUCUGGCGUUCAUGUUGAUACUGCUGCUUGCCCAGCUGGGAUGUAGCACGCAGAGUGUGUCUGAGUGCUGCAGACAGCCAGCGCGGUCCUGUCGCCUCCAGGUCCUGCUGUGUCGUUCUGGCAACAAGAGCAUAGGGGGAACCAUCGCAGGAGACGCAGCCGCUGGAAUCCUCACCCUGGGUAAACGGAACGAGGAUGAGUUACAUUUGCAGAGCAGACUCCAUCAGCUUCUUCAUGGCCGCAAGAACCAAGCAGCUGGGAUACUGACUAUGGGAAAGAGGACUGCACAGAGGGAUAGGGAGCAAUAAACAGAUUGACUGAGUCUGUCAAAAAAAAACCCCCAAAAAAACACAAUUGUAACACUUUUGCCUGGGUAAACAAUGUUCAUACAAUGUUUAGAGAAAAUAACAUCUAUAUAUAUAAAAAAGGGAUGACAAUCAAAGGAUUUUCUUUAAACUGUAUCUUUUUGAAAAUAAUGUCAUAGAGAUUAAGAAAUUUGUGGUGAUGUAAUUCAAAGUUUAAGCUUAUGACAUCUUUAGGAAAGUAUUGAAAACAAAAAAGAACUUGUCAAUAUGUGUUGACAAGAAUAACUUGCUAUAUACAGUGCAGUCUGAUAGAAAAUGAGUAUUUAUCAUUCAAUAAACUACAAUUUUGAGUCUA